AUGCUGAUGUUUCUGACAAUGAGAUCGCAAGAGUUAGGCUCUCCACCUUUGGAUGAUGAUGAUCCAUUUGUGCAACAAAGAGAUAGAGAAGAAAUGGAACCUGAUACAAGCGGUGAUUAUGCCAACAGCUCACCCGCUGGUAUGCAAUGUGCACUUUCCGCGGCAGGCGAUGACGACACAGUGGAAGUAUUGAGUGUGCACUCCAAACAUGACGAAAACUCGUCGAAUGUCGUGGAUCAGCAGCCCACAUCGUCGUCUAAAUGCCUCUCAAUACCAAAACUACAUAGUCUGAUAAAAAUGCGACAGAAACUUUUGAAACAACUGCGCAAAUUGGAGGUGCGAGAAGUUUGCUUUGAUGAUGAGGCAAAAGAGCUGUUUUAUAUCAACCAUGAACGAAAGUUGAAAAAGACUCUCGUGGACGUGGAAAGGACAUUACUGAAACAUGGAGCAUUGUUGGAUGUUGAUGAGGAAGUUCGGGCACUCCAUGACGCUGCUCAUGCUCCGAGCAUAACGGUUGCGGAUACUGGAAACGAGCUUCUGAACAAGAGAAUCACUGACUUAAUGAAUAAGAAGAUUGCGAACAAGGAGAAAAUUGUAACGCCUUCCUUUGAUGAAUUACGCGACCUUAUGUGUGAGCUUCGAACUGAAUGCGGUCCUUCGUCCGGGAUCCCUGAUCCUGAGAAGGAAUUGGAUGCUUUUCUCGACCAUCUGGACAACAUUGCUUUUGUAACUAUACGAACUCAUCAGAACUUCAUCAGCAGCCAGUUCUUAGAAAAUGUGGAUCUGUAUGUACCCGAAGAUGAUCGUCCGACAGUUCGCAAACUUCCUGAACUCAGCUCACCUAUGAAGGAACUAUCGUCAACAGAGGGCGAUGUUCUACCAGAUGAAGUUUUUCGUAUGGAACUACAAACUGCUGGGAGACUGGAGUUGGAUAAUCCAUCGAAGGAUGUCCCAGAUGAAGAAGUUGAUUUGCUGUUGGAUGAGGAUUCUGGAAGUGAUAGGGAUUUGACAAAUGUGGAUGAGCAGCUAUCGGAGGAAGAGGAUGAUGGGAGUGACAAAGACGUAGUUGAUGAAGAUGAUCAUCAAUUGGAUCAAGAUCAUGACAGUGAUAAUAAGGCUACAGCGCUCUUCUCUCCCAAUCACAACACGCUUGCCGAGGUUCUUGAAGCUAGCCCGCAAGUAGUUGCAAAUGGCGAGAGUUCCACGUUCGAGUCAGAUAUCUGUUACGAGAACCCAGAGUCGUAUGCGAGUGUCUCCAGUGCAAUACCUAUGGAGGAACGGUUGACUGUAACGCUUAAUCUCAGUCAACCCAGCCAGACUGCGGUGAAUGACAGCGCAUGUGACAAAGAUGUAAUUAAGCGCGUUUCGGAGUGGCUGCAUGACAUUAAGGAGCAGCAAGUGACUGUGACAGUGCUUGAGAAUAACUUGGAGGAGGUGGAAGAGAAAAAAUGUCCAAAGCGCGAGAUAAAUACGAAUGAGUGUUGCAAUGAUGACGAUGAGAUAGAAUGUCUUGGAGUCUUUAAAGGUUCAGCAGACCAGAACAACAUCUCGCGUUCAAAGCGCCCUCGUCUUGACAAGGUCGGCAACAGUGCGGGAUUAUCGACUACCGAGAUAGAAACUAUUUACAUCGACGACUAAGAAAGGUGUUCUGUUGUCGUGCAUGUUAGUCAUGAUAAUCUACCUACAUAUUUGACUGCCUUGCGUUAUGUUUUAUUGCAUGUAGACUUUUUUCUCAUAGCAUUUUUGCCUUUUCUCAUUCAUAUUUCUCAUUAUGGCGGGUUGUGUUUACUGAUUACAUUAAAUAAAAACUUUUUGUUC